AUGUCCCUGAACGAGUUCCUGGGCGACAGCGCCCUGGGAUCGUGGGCGGACGAAAUGGACUCCCUCCCUACCGCCCCUGCGGCGCGGGAGGACGGUGAUCGUUUUGGAGGCGGAGGUCGGCGCGAUGACUUCCUAUCCUCUCGUCCGGAUCGCGGACCACCCCGGGAGGACCUGCCACUCCCGACCGCACCCCCGUACACCGCCUUCGUCGGCAACUUGACUUUCGAUAUUACCGAGACUGAGCUGGAGGAGUUCUUUGGCGGCGGCACCAAGUCUGUGAAAAUCAUCAAGGACAGAGAUGAGAAGCCGAAGGGCUUCGGAUACGUCGAAUUCGCCGACCUCGAUGCACUCAAGGACGCUCUUGCUAAGACUGGAUCGCCUCUUGCCGGACGCGGCGUCCGAGUGAGCGUUGCUGAGCCUCCGAAAGAGCGUUCGGGCUUCGGUGGAGGAGGCUUUGGCGACGAUGACCCCAAGUUCGCCAACCCCUGGAGGAGGGACGGCCCCCUCCCGGAUCUUCCCAACAGUGACAGCUCACGCCGCCGCUUUGACGCUCCUCGCGAGGGCCGGGAGCCUCCCGCUGCGCCCGUCUCGGACGGCAUUUCUGACUGGCGGUCAUCCCGCGCCCCGCCCCGUGGUCCCCCUCCCCCAGAAAACGAGUUCAGGAGGGCAGGCCCCCCUCGCGAGCCCCGCGAACCAGCAGUCGUCGGCCCUGCCGAUACCGAGGAGACCUGGCACAUCGGCAGCAAGUUCAAGCCCACCGGACCUCCCUCUGGAGAUGGUGAGCGGCCGGGCAGCCGCUUCGGCAGCUUGCGCUCCCGUGGAGAGAUGGGUCCACCCAGAGACGCCCCCGCUGGCGCCCCCGCCGUCGUCGAGGAAAGUGACUGGCGGCGGCCGCGCACGAUCUCGCGCAAUAGCACGUCCCCAAGCAAUUCGACGCCGCCCACUCCUCAGAUGGGCCGGCGUAAGCUCGAGCUCUUGCCCCGGUCAUCCUCCUCUACCUCCGCGACGCCCUCCCCUCUGGCCUCUCCCAACCCUUCACACACCUCCGCACGCUCUAACCCCUUCGGUGCUGCCAAGCCAGUAGAUGUCACGGCACGGGAGGCAGAGGUCCAACAAAAGAUCGAGAAGGAGCGCGAAGAGGUACGCGAGAAGGUCGCACACAACGCACAUUCGAUGUCCCGCAACUCCUCGCGGACAGGCACACAGCGCCCCACCCCUCCCGCCACCACCGUCCACAGCCCGACCUCGGUUCACAGCCCGACAACGCCCCACCACGAACCGAGCAAGCUCCCGCCUGCGAACGUGCGCCCAGCAUUCAGCUUUGCCAGCGCGGCCGCGGGCAAGAAGGAGGCCGAGGCCGCGGCGGCAGCGGCCGCUGCUGCCGGCAAGGACGACGUGUCGACGAUCACCGAAAAGAUCGACGAGGUCGAGCUGGAGUCGUCCGAGCAGUGA